UCCGUUUACUACUUCGAAAAUCCACUUUUCCUCGCACCUGCUUUCCGCGAACAGCAACCGCAAAGGUGUCGCGCGCGGAUUUCGCGGUUCCCGAAGGACAUCGACGAAGAGAUUCGGCAGUUGUCGAGCGUGUUCGUUGCCUCUCUCGAUUCCUCUUCGAUGCCGGGCGAGCCUGCCCACGUAUACCGGGUGUCGCGUGGGUGUAACGCUCGUGCUCGACGCGUGCACGUAGUGGGGAUCCUCCGGUACUCCACUGGCUAGGACGGAAAGGAAAGGAAAAGAGUGGUGUACCUACAGCUGGCUCGUAAACGCGAUUACGUUUCGUCGCUGGCAAACCCAUUCAGUGCUCCUUACGGUACGAAGGAACUUGGUGCGGUCGGUGCUGGCGUCCCGACGGCGGUCGUCGCGCAUCCUCCAGCGAUCGGCGUGGUCGGAACGACGAGGGACAUCCGCGCACAUGCACGCCGGAGCUGCGACCCGCUUGCGACCAGCUUGCGACCAGGAUCACGUGCGCGUCGUUUCAGGUGUUUUUGCUCUUACCUUCGGCGAGUGACGCGCGCGCGCCGGAAACACGGAUUCGGUGGCCAGCAGAGAAGAUUCCGUGCAGUUGCAACCGGCGACGCGACAACGCGACAAUCGCUUCCGAUAAGAGCGAAUCGUUCCCGAGUCGACCGCGUGUCAUCGGACUCUCGUCGGGGUUCGCUCUCGAAGGGGUGGCUACGACGCGGCUGUUCGGUCGGCGCGGGAUCGGAGCAUUUGGAGCCAACGAGAGAGCGGCCGCUAAUUUCCGUUGCCAGGAUUCCACGACGAACCGGGACGAGUGGAAGAGAGAGAGAGAUUCCGCGCGACCAACCAGUCCGCGAUCGUCGAAGACGCGAUCGGGUCGUAAAUCGCUGCAACACCGUCGGCUGCCAGAAUCGCGCGUGAACGGGACAUCCGUCGAUCGUAAUUGCCCGAUCGUCGCGGAUACGGUAAUACGAGCGGGGGCGCGCGAGGAUGACUUACCGAUGAUCGCUGGACGUCGAUGAUCAACGGUAUCUCCGAAGAUGGUGUACAGAGGCAGUUUGCAAACGGACGAUCCUCGGGACGCGCCGAAGCUGGUCAGGAUUUCGCCGUUGCGCGCCAGCAGGUCCAACAAUCCUGCAACGAAUGCUCGUGUCGUCGGCUCCGUGAACGGGCCGACGUAUCACGGCCCGUUUAUGUCGGCGAUCGACGUUCAACGAGCCAAAUUGAUCGAAGAAAGACGGCUGGGCCGCGAAAGGGACAUCGAGACCGUGGAGAAGGUGAUCGCGAGGACGACCGGGUUGAAGGUGGGCGCGCCGAGACUGCGGAACAUCGGUCAGAUACGAGAUACCGUGUUCGUCGAUCCGACUCUGAUACCGAUGGAGAAAAUCGGUCGGAAGGAGCGAGACCGGCCGAGGACGAUAGCCGUGGACGGCUCUCCUCGAAACACCAGAACGCCCAGCUCCAUGUUGGCCGAUCUGAAGGACCUGGAGAGGCUGAGGAACACGCCGCCGGCGCAGAGAUGUCCCAGGACCUCGGCCAAGGCCGACGCGAGGUAUUCGGCGGCGAACAAGAAAGCCGAGCUGUCGAACUCGGCGAAGAUUCGAUCGGAUAUAAUAAAGAUACAACAGAUGUUCCAGGCGUCGGACGGCUCCGCGCGAACGGUAAUAAAAUCGAGCGAGAAGAGAACGGACAAGAGGAACGAGUCGGAGAGACAGGAGAAGCGAGCGGGAACGGAAAUUAAUAAAACGAGGCUACUGGCUCAGAAGCUGCUGGAGGCGUCGCGGACUAAUCGGGAGUCGCUUAAGGAUCGCUGCAACAACAACCCAAAGAACUGCUCCACGAAUAAAGCGGCGAAAGAAGCGAAAGAAACGAACGGUAGGAUGUCGAGUAGAACGACCGCGCAAAAGAACGGUCUCUCCGCGGAUUCCAAACAUCCGAAGGAAAAGAUUUCGACGGAGGAAGCGCAGCCGCGCCCCCCUGCGCGGAAAAGAAAAGAAUCGAGAAACAGGCUCGGCCGUGACGCGAACGAAGACGAAAUCGGCAGAAACGAUUUUCGGGAGAGCUCCGGAAACGUUGGGAUCGGGAGGGACGAGGUCGACUCGAACGUUACGGAGGAACGCUCGAACGCCGUAAACGCGGGGGAGGACCCGAAAACGAGGACCAGGGAGCUGGACAGGCCGGAUAUCCUGGACGGUUUACUGAAGGAAUCCGACAGGCAACUGGCCGACUUGAAAUCCGAUUUGAACGUGCGGGGAAGACCGCGCAGCCACUGGAGAGGAUUCGUGCAAUCCAUGAGGCUGCACGACGUCGAGCUGCACUCGGAUAGCGAGGAUCAAAAGAAAGACCUGAACCUAUGGAACAAAAGCAUCAGUCAGCGAUGGAGGAAGCUGAGGAGGAGGUGUUCCGUGCAGGAGACGUCCGAGCCACAAGAGGCACUGAUACAAGGCGGAACGACCCAGGGGGUUAUCCAAGCGGUAAGAUCCAGUCCGGCCAGCAGAGAAUCUUCGCCGGCUGCGAAGAGCCUUCAAGAUGGCAAUUCGCCGAAAAAGCUGCUACAGACUAGCUCUUUGAGGCUGCCAGGCACCACUAAGGGAAUAGCGGACAUUCAGAACGUCCUCCGGAGCAAGUUCAGCAAGAUAAACGCCGGGAUCAGGAAGAGAAAGGCUUUGAGCGUGACCGAGGUGUUCUCGCAGAAGGACAACAACGCGUCCAACUUCUACGUACCCAGCCCGCUGACCUCGUCGUCCAGCCAGAACUUCGACGGCGAUUACGAUUCCAGCGAGCCGACGUCUUUACCUCCGUACCCGUUCCACGACAAUCUGGAGACCCUGGCGGAGGGCAGCGCGCCGAAUUCUCCGAACUGCAACAGCCCUUUGACCAGCAGCGACAAGACGUUCGCGUACUCGCAGAACAGCAGCAGCUACGACUCGCCUGUCCACAGUCACGAUCGCAACCGCAAGGACAUCUACGAGAACGUGGUGUACGCCGGCAGCUCGUCGCCCGGUUGUUUUCCCAGGUCUAGGGGAAUAUUGCAGCGCAGCAACUCCGAGAACCGCGACGCCGUCAGAAAUCACGAUCAUUCCUACGAGAACGUACGCUACCAACGAGGUCACAGGUCGGAGGUGACGUCGGCGGUCACCAGCCCGCAAUCGGACAGACAUUUGGCGAGGAGCAACUCCGAAACGAGGGAUCAUCAUUCUUACGAAAAUGUCCACUUCCAGAAGAAUGGGAAGGGUCGGAAUCGGUCCGAGCCGGCGUUCGACGAGAUUCAUAUACCGAGGAUCGCUCCCAGAAAGAGGGUGACGGACUUCAAAGUCGGCGGACAGGUGAACAACUACUCGAGCGGAUCUGGAUCCGGCGGUGCGAGCAAAGAGGACGGACCGUCUAGUUUGGGCGCCGAGAAGAGCCCUGGGAAAAAAACUACGAGGAGAUUGAACAGCAGAAGCGUCGCCAACAUUCCUAGUUCCUCCGGUUCUGGUUUGAAAACUUGGCAAGGUACGCAAGACACGGACGAAGGCCUGAAUACCGACUCGGAACUCGAAGACAUCGACGAAGCUGGCGAGGGCGAAGAGUCGAGAUUCUGCACCCUGCCGAGGCCGGGCAAGGGUGGCGCGUCAUUCACGAUACUGACUGCCAGAUUCUAUAAGGGUCCUGGGCACAAAGGACUCGGUUUUAGUAUCGUCGGCGGUACCGAUAGUCCCCGAGGUACCAUGGGGAUUUACGUGAAGACGGUCUUCCCUAACGGGCAGGCUGCCGAUCUUGGCACUGUGAAAGAAGGGGACGAAAUUUUAUCGAUAAAUUCGAAACCUCUUCACGGGAUGACGCACGCCGAAGCAAUCGCCGAGUUCAAGUCCGUGAAAGCUGGCGACGUGGUUCUGCACGUUGGGCGACGAGUGAACAAAAAGAAAAGGGACUCCUUGACCCUACCACCUGUAGCUCCUCCGGCGCCUCGUCAACAAGUCCAGUGAACGACGGAUCGUUUGCUCCCACAUUCCGCGCGAAGGCGUGCUACGCGAUUCUGCAGCGAAGAAGCGGCGGCAAGGCAAACUCUCGGCUCUAGCGAGUGCGCGAUGGCAUGUGCUCCGCGGAUGCUAUCCACCUGCGAGCAAUAUCGUUUAUUAUUGCUGGCAAUAAUAAGAGCGGGACCGCGUUGGCAUUGCGCCGCGACGAGUUUGCUUCGACACUGGUUGUUUUCGAUUACGAUAGAGAACGGCGGCGAUGUUUCCAGUUCAGAAUCGUAUCGUUCUUACGCGUUGUUCGUUUUCGAAUGUUUCAAGAGAAUGUCCAGAAGAGGUUUCCGUUACGACCACGAUAUUCGCGUUUGUCGAGCACCGCGCUCUCGUUUCGACGGUGUCGGAGAAAUUGCCGAUCGAGGCUGCUCCGAUGCGAGCUGCCAAUGCGUUACGCGAUCGCCUAUAGCGUAAUCGUAAUCCGAUCGAUUCGAUGUUCAAAAUUCGUUGAUAGACGAGUAAAAUAUCGUUAUCGUUGCGGCGAGCGUUUCGAAUCCGUCCGUCUCGAUACAGCUAAAUCGAUCGCGACGGCUCGAUGCUUCGAUUUCACCGAAGUUUUUCUCCAUUGCUCUCAUAUCGGGGCGAUUUCAAUGUUCGAACGAUAAGAGCGAAACGAGGCGAGCGUUUCGAGCAGCUGCGAACGGAUCAAAAUUCGAUGUAAUCCUAUAAUCUGGUAUGUGUAUUCGUAAUCGAUGUACCGCUGUAUUUAUCGAUAACUCCUAAUCGUUUUCUCCGGUAAUAUUCGAAGCCACCGUGUAUAUUAGCGUAAACGGAUUGCUCCAAGGAUCCGAAUUUCGUAUACUCCCUUUCUCGUGUAUCGAAUUUUAACGAAAGAUGUAUUUUUCGAGACGACGAUCGAAUUUUCUAGACUGCUCCACGAGAGAACGAUCUAUAUUUUAAUAAAUGAUUCGCGACGUCGAAUCGAAAUGUAAACGUACGCGGACGAGAAACGAUCGGGGAGCACCUCUCCCGUGGCUCGGCGACCGAACAGAUUUAUUUUUGUAAAACAAGGAUCGAACGAACGAAAGGAACCGCGCAAGCGAGCGAGUUAUCAAACUACUACACAUGUAUAUCGUAUAUCCGGAUGGUCGAUCGCGGCGAAUCGACGAAGCUCUGCAACGGCCUGAUCGAAACGGGGGGCGGCGUGCAACGUGAUCGGCCGAAGUUUUCCGCGUUGCCGCGAGUGAGAAACGAAUUAUUUUUUAAUUACCGCAUAGAAUUUAACGAUGAUCGCCCAAAGAUAAAGUCCAAAAAAUAUUUUUACUACGAGACGAUUGCGACAGGAUGAGAAAGACGAUGAAACAGUGCAUAUCUAUAGAACUAUAUAUUUUGACGGAACCAGCGAGACGCGUUUAAUUUAAGGCGAGAAAUGUUAUUAGUAUCUAGUCCAUGUGUAAUAUUUCAUUUCUAGAUAAAGUCUUCAAUCCACUCGAUCCUUUUUUCUUUAUUUUAUAGCGAUAUUAUCAGAGGAAAGAAAACGAGAAAAUCUAUAUAUACAUAUAUAGUAUAUAUACACGUAUGCGUACAUAUGUGGUGAGAUAUACAUAUAUAUAUACACAUAAUUAUAUAUUUCUUAUAUCAACUUUUAAAGAUAUCGAAGCAGCCAACGUAACAAGCGACUAAUCGUUAAAUUAGACUUAAGGUGUCGUGUUUCCGCAACCUGAGCGGAGAAAUUAAUUCUAACAACGAGACACGUUUUCCUUUUUGUUUCCGAGCGCCGAAUCACGCUCGCGACGUUUCUUUAUCCUUCCAUCCUCCAACGAGGAGUCGGCAUCGCGGACGAAGAACGCGUUUGCAGCAACUUUCUUUGUCUUCCAUGGAUCGAAGCGACGAUAAUUAAGUUAGAAUUAAUCACUCCAGGGUGAGAACGCGCGUCGAUCGACGCAAGAACAACCACGAUUCGUCGAAAGAGAGAAAGAGAGGGGGUGAGAGAGAGAGAGCGAGAGAGAGAGAGAGAGAGAGAGAUGGAGGGGACCGGACGAACGAAGGGGAUCGAACUGUUGUCUUUUUGGCUUUAUUGAUUCAUCUUCCACGUUACGACGAUGUUACAAUGAUUGGCGAUUACAAAGAUUCCUCUGUAAAACUUUCUUUUCUCGUACAAUUGGUCCACGGUUUUUGAUACGGUUUUUGAUCGGAAGGAACUUAAUUUGCUCCGUUUGCGCCGAUUCGACCGGGGGAUCCGGAUCGAUCGUUCGACCAGCGAGUCGAUAUCUGUCCGAUCGGAGACACCGAACGAUCUACGAUAUCACGAUACAAUUCUUUUGUAUGCGCGCGGCAAAUUAUACAUACCUCCCAGAAAACGAACAGUCCGGAGACUCCAUCGACAACGUUCACGCGCGCAGUGUUUCGCUGGCGAGCGCACGAACCACUCGAUAAUGUUACUGUAUUUUCUACUUGCUAUGCGGGCUCGAACGCAAAUAAAUAGAUCGUAUAAUGGA